GGCAAUUGUUGUAAAGUGUACACUAAUCAAUUUGACUGAAAUAAUGUCAAAUUUAACGUCAUAUAAAGUUAAUUUUUGUUCUAACGAAAAUUUGUGAAGUGAUAUCAGUUUUAGUGUUUAAAAAUCAAAAUACUAGAAAUAAAACAUGGAAGAAAAACCAGAAGAAAAGACCGGAACGACUAAAAUUAUCGAAAAUUCCGCGGAACCGAUCCAAGUAAUCUCCGAACCAAUCUCCAAGACCCACUACGACAUCAGCGAGGAAAAAAUCGAAAAACUCCACGAAAUAUGCGUAUCCAAUAACGUUAUCCGUUCGGAUACGGAUAAAGACGUAACGGUUAAAGAUGGCGGAUCCAUUAACGUUAUCCGUUCGAAUACCGAUAAAGAUGUGGCCGUUAAAGAUGGUGGAUCCAUUAACGUUAUCCGUUCGAAUACGGAUAAAGACGUAGCGGUUAAAGACGUAACUGUUAAAGAUGUAACCGUUAAAAAGGUAACAGGUAAAGGUGUAGCGGAUAAAGGCGCAAAGGAAAAUAUUUCGGAAAAAGUUUUGGAGGUAGAGCCGAAGAUAAAGGAAAGUAAGGCGGAAGAAGAUUUGGAUAAGAGCAAUAUUAAGCCUGAGGAAGCGACUGAAGCAAACCCUAAAACCGAAACUGUUGAAAAGGAACUGGGAAAAGGCCGAAUUUCCGAUUCGCUGCCUUGCUGCAUAAGCAAACCAAGACAGAAGAUCAUAAGGAACCAGAGCGACAUAUUUUCUUUGCAAGACGCCCCCACCACUUUACAAACAUCAAUAUUUUCCGUCAACGGUUCACCGUCGAGAAGAGUUUUCAGAAAGCAGGAACCCGCAGGACACGUAUUCCAAAGAAGUGAAGAUAGCGAUGUAAAAUCGGCAUUAAAGAGCAGAAUAACCAGGGAAAAUUACAACGAUGAAAAAAGACCCUCAAGCUCUUACAGAAACCCAUUAACUGGUACCGGACUGUCUUCCAACGACGAAUACAAGAGUAAGGGACUCAAACGAAAAGAUGGAAAUCCUCUGUUAGGUCUCGGAUAUGACGCCGAACUGCCAACGAUCAACUCGCAGCACAGAAUACCACCUGGUGGACACUCUCACAAAUUAUGGUGAAACCGAUCAAAACGAUAAUCAAAUCAUAAUUCUACAAAAUUAUAUGUGCAAAAAUAUUGUAAUACAAAAAUAUAUAGCCGACAAAAUA